UUUUUCCGAAAUUCAAGAUAUCGUUGGUAGUUUUAAUGGAAAGUGGAAGGUUGAUUUUAAGGAUACAAAAAUUGACAGAACUGUUCAAUAUGAGUUUACUUUGCCAGCAGAUGAAACAAAACAAUGUGAAAUAGAAGAACACCUUGACAGCAUUGAUAUGCUGAUAAAUGAAGAAAUGUUGCAGACAACAUCGAACAGGGCAACAGAAAUGGAAGACUGUUCCAGUGAAAACCAGAAAACUGUAGAAUCUUGUGAAAGCGAAAGUUGUGGUGAGUCAAGUGAUGAAAGUUGGGCCCCGUCAAAAGAUGCACAUGUCCAUGAGGAAAGUGAACAAGGGCAUUCAAGCAAGUCAUUACAAGAAGACCUUUCAGUUGAAAGUCAUAAGCAGAGGAAAUCAUCUGGUGAGCAAAAUGUUACUGCACCCCAGAGAAGAAAAAUUUCGUGUCCCUUGGUAAUGUGUAAUGCCAAGGUCGUGCAUCUCCCAAGACAUAUGCGAAAUGUGCAUCACUGGACGAAGGAAGCUGCUUCGAAAGUGCUAUUAAAAUACAAUAUCAGACAGCGACUCACCAAAGAACCGAAGAAAAAAGAUUAUCGUUGCCGUCGCAAGUGUCCCAUUGAUGAUUGCCACUCGAUUGUUCGACGUUUACCAAAGCACUUGCAAAAGGUGCACAAGUUAGAUAAAGCAUCGACGAUGUACCAACGUGCAAUUGUAGAUGCUCCCGUUGCUCCAAAUCGUAAGCAUGCCAUGAUUAAGUGGCAAGAAGAACAGUUAAAGAGGAAGACAUGGGAAGUGGAUCGAAGCCACCAACAUCGCAAGGAACAAGAAGAAGAAGAUGAAGAAGAACAGGAUGAAAAUAAAGAGGUUAUUGGUGAAAAUAAGCGUGGACGUUAUGACCAUGAUGAUGAUGACGACCAUAAUGAUGAUGAUGACGACCAUAAUGAUGAUGAUGAUGAUGAUGAUGAUGAUGAUAAUGAUGAUGGUAGUUUUAAUGAUGACGAUGGCGAUGACGAUGACGAAGAUGAAAGCAGCAGCAUGGAAGAUGUGAAACAGCAGACAAAAUCAACAUUACCACCUGUAAUCACGGAGUUUCAAGAGUGGUUGGCGUCUCCUGAUGGCAGCAAAAAAGAUGAAAAAACGGUCAUGCAACAUGGUUCUCAGCUGUAUAUCCUGCUAAAAGCCAUCGAUGAUUCAGAGAACAUUCAGUCCCUAUUUGACCUGAAGUUAAUCCGUCAAGUUUUUCUAAAUGUGCAUGUGAAGCAGAAAAAGUACGAAGCUGGCACAAUCAAGUCGUACCUCAUGAGUCUGCGGCAUUUCUUUUCGUUUGUGCUGUCUGACAAACCGGAAAGCAUCAAAUUCAAUUGGGUGGACGUAAGCUCUGCGCGGGAAAAGGUAAAGAUGUGGUCUGCGUCAUACAAGAGAGAGUCUAACACAAGAAAAUGGCAAAAGCUUGAGGAAGAUAUGCUUAACCGUUUGACGCCUUCAAAUAUCAGGAAGCUGGAGAAAAGUGCGGCAGCUCGAGAGGCUAUUAAGAUAAUUGGACAAUACUCUGAUUCAGCCGAGUCGACCCCUGUUACCCAAUCCAGUUACACCCUUGUCAGGGAUUUCCUAUUUACCCAAAUAUUCAUAGAUAAUGCCAAUCGACCAGGUGUCUUAGCUCAUAUGACGAUGGAGGAAUUUACUAACAUCCGAAAACAAGAUGACCAUUAUCUAAUAACAGUGAAGAAACAUAAAACGGCGCAUGUUCAUGGACCAGCUCGUGUCGUAUUGAGCGAAAAGCUGAAGUCGUGGAUGUCGGUAUUUGUUGGUGUGAUGCGAGCCCAUGUUACAACCCGAAUCAACGGUCCAGUAUUCUUAUCCUGGAAUGGAAAUGGUAUGAAUUCUGGGCACAUCACUAAGGCAGUACAAUCUGUGUUUAAAAAGGCUGGAGUGGACGUUAAAAUAACUUGCACCUCGUUUCGUAAGGCAGCAGUAACCAAAGUACACAUCGACAAGCCAGAAAUGAAGAAGUCGAAAACGUCCAUAGAAGCUUCGCGAAACCUUGGACGGCUGAUGCGAACCGACGAUGGAGGUGGAGAUAUUCUCGAGACCGCCACUACAGUAGAGGAAACAAUGGCUGUUGAUGGUAAGGGAAAGUCUUCCCCAUGCGAAUCAUCCGAGAGUGAAAGUAAAAGAGCUCCUUGGACUGACGACGACGUUGCCAAAAUUAAGAAAAUAUUCCAGAAGGAUAUAUUGAAGAAUAACGUAACCCUGGAUGUUGUUCGUCAUGGUGUCGAAACACAUGAAGAGCUUUGUGGCAUGUCACCAAGGCGAAUUUACGACAAGUUAAAGAAAGAGGGCAAGAAAAAUUUAGGUGAACUUGUUCCUGUCAUGGAGCUACCACAAGAGCACGAUUCUUUGGAAGAUAAAUUGGAUCGUAUGGAAGAUGUGCAAAAGCAUGCAGAAGAAUCAGGAACCAACGAUGACCAGUUAUCCACAAGCAUCAUUGCCCCUACAGAAAGGAAUAGCCUCUUCAAUUGUGACGAAGUCCAAACCAUACAAAAAUUGUUUGAGGAUAUGAUUCGGAAAACCGUGAUAAUUUCCAAAGUUGAAGUUGAAAAGAGAUGUUCUGGCAGCCGUGAUGGACGUAGUUUGUUGCAAAAGUCAACGCCUAUUGCCUUAGUCAAUAGAAUAAAAUAUGAACGAAGAAAACAUAGAUUGGCAAAAAACGUUAAGUAA